CGUACUCAAACUUCUAUCGUUGAUUCGUUGUGUCGAGUAGACUGUGACGACUACACGAGACUUACGACUAUCGGCAUCUUCCGUCAUCAAAGCAAAGCCUUGCUCUGCUUUAGUUCUGGACUGCUAUCCAUCCUCCUGCAUCCACUGCUCGAGAAAACCACGGUAGGGGGAAACAUACCCUCAACGCCUCAAAAGUUUCUACAGGUAAUGGGCCAUAAAAUGGGCUAAUCGCAUUUUCUGUAUGCAUCAUGCCCUCAACGCAUUCGCAGCUCAGUGUUUUUUGUUCUGCCGGCGACUGCAUGCAAGAAGAACCCUAAGAUCUUUCUCAAAUCGACACAGCGGACAGGCUUUCAAUCUAUUAAUGGCUACUGCUGAAACACUAGUAAGUGCAUGCAAUGGCAUUGUCUGUACACAUCCAGACCCCCAAAGAACAUACCAAGUUAUUGUUGCUGCCACACGUGCAAUGGGUAUUGGAAAAGAUGGAAAAUUACCAUGGAGAUUACCUUCAGACCUCAAAUUUUUCAAAGAUGUCACCAUGACAACAUCAGAUCCAGUGAAAAAGAAUGCUAUUAUAAUGGGAAGAAAAACAUGGGAAAGCAUACCUUUAGAACAUAGGCCACUCACUGGUCGACUCAAUGUUGUUCUAACUCGUUCAAGGACUUUUGAUAUUGCAACUGCUGAAAAUGUUUUAAUGUGUGGAAGCAUGAUUUCAGCUUUGGAAUUGUUAGCUUCAUCACCCUAUUGUUUAUCUAUUGAAAGGGUGUUUGUGAUUGGUGGUGGUGAAAUCUUAAGGGAAUCACUCAAUGCUCCUGGAUGUGAUGCAAUCCAUAUAACUGAAAUUGAAACAGACAUUGAUUGCGACACUUUCAUACCUUCCAUCAACAUUUCAGACUUCCAACCAUGGUAUUCGUCAUUCCCACUACUCGAGAAUGGAAUCCGCCAUUCCUUCACUACAUAUGUUCGUGUGAGAAACUCCGGAAUCGAAGCCCCCAAAGUUAAUGGUUCAUUGUCUGAAUGUCAUUCAGACUCACCAAAAUUUGAUUCAAGAAUGUUCUCUUUUUUGCCCAAAAAGAUAUUUGAAAAGCAUGAAGAGUACCUUUAUUUAAAACUAGUGGAAGAUAUAAUUUCUAAUGGUGCUUUGAAGGGUGAUCGAACAGGAACUGGUACUUUGUCAAAAUUUGGUUGUCAGAUGAGGUUCAAUCUGCGAAAGUCUUUUCCACUUCUUACAACCAAGAAAGUGUUUUGGCGUGGAGUUGUGGAGGAACUUUUGUGGUUCAUAAGUGGGUCAACAAGUGCCAAGGUCUUACAAGAUAAGGGCAUUCAUAUAUGGGAUGGUAAUGCAUCAAGAACCUACCUAGACAGUAUUGGCUUAGUGGAUAGAGAAGAAGGUGAUCUGGGUCCGGUUUAUGGGUUUCAGUGGAGACACUUUGGUGCAAGGUAUACUAACAUGCAUGCUGACUACAGUGGUCAAGGGUUUGACCAAUUGCUAGAUGUUAUUAACAAAAUAAAAAAUAAUCCAGAUGAUCGACGUAUCAUUCUUUCAGCAUGGAACCCUUCAGAUCUCAAACAAAUGGCACUUCCACCAUGUCACAUGUUUGCACAGUUUUAUGUAAAUGAAGGAGAGUUAUCUUGUCAAAUGUAUCAGAGAUCAGCUGACAUGGGACUUGGUGUUCCGUUUAACAUAGCUUCAUAUGCGUUGUUGACUUGCAUGAUUGCACAUGUUUGUGAUCUUGUUCCUGGUGAUUUUGUCCAUGUUCUUGGUGAUGCUCAUGUCUAUAGCACUCAUGUCAGACCCUUGCAGGAUCAGCUUCAAAAGCUGCCUAAACCUUUUCCUAUAUUGAAGAUUAAUUCAGAGAAGAAGGAUAUAGAUGGUUUUGUGGCUGAUGAUUUUAAACUCAUAGGAUAUAAUCCUCAUCAGAAAAUAGAAAUGAAAAUGGCAGUAUAGAUCCGAUUUUGGUAUGAACCCUUACAUUUUGGUCCCUGUGUAUAGUUGGUUUUUGCAUUUUUGGUCCUUACUUUAGGUUCGUGUAAUGUUUUUGGUCCCUGAUCCAAGUAAAUGACUAUUUUAAUUUUUGUCCCAAAGAUAUAGUCAUUUUACUUGGAAUAUGGACUAAAAAAGUUAGAAAAAUCUCAAGUAAGGACCAAAAUUGUAAAAGGACUUUUUGGGACCAAAAAUGUAAUUCUGUGAUGGUUUAAAAAUUGAAAUGUUACAUGUUGGUUAAGGUGAUUUGAGUAUGUAGUUAUGUUUUAGCUGUUUGAUGAGGGUUCUGCUAACAUUUGUUAAAACAAGGCUACAAGAGCAUGUUAUGACUUGUGGGAGUUGUACAUGUAGCUAGGGCUAUUGUACCUUGUGUGCCUUGUUUUACUCGUUAGUAUUGAUGCAAAAACUAAGACUAUAUAUCCAAGUGUUUGUUCGUCA